AUUCGGAGCUUCCUGGGCGCUGCCGCAUUGGGAGAAGAAGGGGCGGAGGAGGCCGCGUAUUGAUGGUCUCAUGAACGAUGUCGACUGACAGGGCGCCGCUCUUUCUGCCUCCCGGAGCCUUCACCUUUGUCGCUGGCGGCGGCGCUGGGGUGGCCCAAGUGGCGGCGGAGUACCCAUUCGACACGGGUAGGUUGCUAUCAACGAUAGAUGACGACAGUGACAAGUGCACCUGGUCGCUCUUCUGUGUGUCGGUGUGAUUGUGUGUGCAGUGAAGACUCGUGUGCAGUCGACAGCGUUGUCUUAUCGCGGCCCGGUGGACUGCAUCGUGCGCACCUUCCAGCGAGAGGGCGUUCGAGCUUUCUAUCAGGGAGUCACGCCCCGUCUACUGACGUACGGUGUGGUCAAGUCGACUCUGUUCUCCAUCUAUGAGAGGGCGCAUGGCGUGUGCGGGUCAACAGCUCUUGCUGGAGCGAUGGCUGGGGCCGUCAACACGCUUGUCAGCUGCCCUGUUGAGAUCAUCAAGAGCAAACUGCAGGUCAGCAAAGGAAGACAACAAAAAGCAUGAUAUUCAUGGUAGAAUGCACCUGUCUGUCCCUCAGAUCUAUCAGAGGUUGCCGGGCAAGGUGUAUGACGGCCCGCUGCAGCGUGCACAGGCCCUCAUCGCAGCACACGUACGAGCACACAACAAUAGCAACGUGUUUUCGUCUCGUCUGACGAUUGUUGGACGACUGCUGUGUGUGUGGUGAGGGGUGGGGCGUGUGGUAUAGAGGCCUGUCAGCCCAGCUCGCCCGCGACACUCUCGGCUAUGCCAUACUCUUCACCGUCUACCACACCGCCAAGCAGCUGAACGUCCUCCCGGUGCCUGUAUGUGGCGGAAUGGCUGGGGUGGCCUUCUACCUCUCAACGCUAUGGAUCGACCGAGCCAAGACCAUUCUGCAGACGCAAGACUUCGCCGCGCCACAGUAUGCUUCGAUGCGAGCAUGUCUGUUGGACGUGGCCAAGCGGGAGGGGAUGGUCGGGCUCUAUCGUGGCUGUGUGCCGACCCUCAUGAAGACCUUCGUGGGUCAGGCGGCUGGGCUGGUCGCUUACGAUGUCAUCAGUCAGGGCGUGGGCAAGUGAGUGUGUGCGGCGUGAAGCAGCUGACGGUUGACGGGCGUCUUCUGCAUUGAGGGUGAGGCCGAUGUGGUGCAGGAGUCUGCACCACCUCAUCCUAGUCCUCGAGGCCCAGACGCCCAUCGGCGUCGCUCUUCUCCGCUUCAACACCGACGACGUCUCGGCCAGCCUUUGUGGGUGGCAGCGGCUCGGUUGUGUCAUGUUGGCGUUGAUGUGAGUAGGCCUGGAGACCUAGAUCUGGGUUGGUUCCUCUUCUGAUCCAGAUCUAGAUCUCCAGCGCGACUUCGACGUGAACCUCAACGUGAACAUCCGGCCAGAGCGGUGUGUCUUGUGCAUUGCGAAUGAGGAGGCUUUUUCCUCCCGUCUCUGUUGGGAUGGCUCUCUUCCGUCUGACUGGCUGUGCAAAUGUAGUGCAGCGACACGUGUACAUAGACCUACUUACGAGGACAUGUGUCUAUCUGCGAGCGCAUGAUCCCCGAGCCCCGGCACGUGGGACAGUGGUGACCUGGUGAAAAUGAU